UGGCUGAACAUUAAAAAUAAUGUCUUUCUGUUGAAGAAGACAGGGGUUAAAAUGAAUGAAGAUCUGAAGGUUAAUUUGAGCUGGCUGCCUCAGGAUCAUGUAGAAGCCAGCUCUACAGAGAAUGCCUCAGCUGCAGGCUCCUCCCUGGUUCCUGCCGUAGACCCUGAGCCAGAGCUUUUGGUAAACCCCUGGGACAUUGUCUUGUGUACUUCAGGGACCCUUAUCUCCUGCGAAAAUGCCAUUGUGGUUCUGAUCAUUUUCCAUAAUCCCAGUCUUCGUGCCCCCAUGUUCCUACUGAUAGGCAGCCUGGCCCUGGCAGAUCUCUUAGCAGGCAUUGGAUUGAUCAUCAAUUUUGUUUUUGCCUACCUUCUGCAGUCAGAAGCUACGAAACUGGUUACGAUUGGACUGAUUGUUGCCUCUUUCUCAGCAUCUGUUGGCAGCUUGCUGGCUAUCACUGUUGAUCGUUACCUCUCCCUGUAUUAUGCUCUGACUUACAAUUCAGAGAGGACUGUCACUUUCACCUAUGUCAUGCUUAUAUUGCUCUGGGGAGCAUCUAUAUGUAUUGGACUGCUGCCUGUAAUGGGCUGGAACUGCCUCAGAGAUGAAUCCACCUGCAGUGUUAUCAGACCACUCACUAAAAAUAAUGCAGCUGUCCUUUCGGUCUCUUUCUUGCUUAUGUUUGCCCUCAUGCUGCAGCUCUACAUCCAGAUCUGUAAAAUUGUGAUGCGCCAUGCCCAUCAGAUUGCCUUGCAACACCAUUUCCUGGCCACUUCCCACUAUGUGACCACCCGAAAAGGAGUGUCUACUUUGGCCAUUAUUUUGGGGACUUUUGCUGCUUGCUGGAUGCCUUUUACGCUCUAUUCUUUAAUAGCAGAUUACACCUAUCCUUCUAUAUACACCUAUGCCACCCUCCUGCCAGCUACCUACAAUUCCAUCAUCAACCCUGUCAUAUAUGCUUUUAGAAACCAGGAGAUACAGAAAGCACUUUGGCUCGUCUGUUGUGGCUGUAUUCCUUCUAACCUGUCUCAGAGGGCAAGAUCACCCAGUGAUGUCUGA